AUGUGGCAGGACGAGGAAGACAACAACCCGCAUGGCUUCUCUUACAACCCUUCUGACUCGGCUGCGGUCAACCCUGCUCAGAACCCAUCGUUUGGCGACCAACCUUCAUCCCCACCCAGCUUGCAGCCCGAGUACGACUCUCGACCCGCCGACCUAAGUGACGAUGAUGAAGCGGAAUACAGCAAGCAGCAGCAAUCUAGUCAGCUUCCUAGGAAAGGUGGCUAUGAUGGCCGAAUCCAGCAGAUCCUCUACGAGAACUCGGACCUCGAAAUACUCAUAAUUGACGCCGGAAAGGCUCCGCAUGGAAACUACAUUGAAUACCGCAUACGUACAGGAGACAUUGAGGUGACCCGACGGUAUUCCGACUUCGAUUCCCUGCGCAAAGCGCUUGUCAGCCUCCAUCCUACCAUCAUCAUCCCACCCAUCCCUGAGAAGCACACUAUGGCCGAUUACGCGGCUAAGCCUACCAAAGCCAAAGAAGACCCAGGCACCAUUGAUCAGCGAAAGCGAAUGCUGGCAGUUUUCCUCAAUCGAUGCCGUCGCAUUGGUGCUGUAUUAGACGACGGGGUGUAUUGGCGAUUCCUCGAUCCAAACUCAAGCUGGAACGAGGUCAUCAAUUCGCAUCCUGUGUCAUCGGUCCCCAAGAACAUCCUCAAAGCUCCUCCACUUGACCCUGCUAAUCCUACCCCCGCCCACACUUGGUUGCCUGUACCAUCAUCGUCCGCCAAGCUUAAGUCUACCGGACCAGCUUCAAAUAGUGGCGCUCCUACAUCCCCAACCGGCCAGUCCGCAUAUCCCUCGGCGGCAGCUCAUACUUCGGCUGGACCACAAGUCUUUGGCCGGUUUCCUCCAAAUCCGGAGAGACUCAACGAGUCCGAGCUCGAUCCCUAUUUCUCCAAUUUCGAAGCUUCCACGCGAGAGACCGAAAUUCUUAUGUCGGGGAGCAUCGAUAAGACCAAUCGCCGCACUAUCGAGCAUCUGACCAAGUACGCUGGUGAUCAUGAGAAACUCGGUGCUCGCUUCAACGCAUUCGCCCUGUCCGAGCCGCACCCAACUGUUGCAGCUGCACUGGAGAAAGUCGGACAAGCUGUCGAUACUACUUACCUUGCUACGGAAGAGCUCGCCAUGAACCUAGGAGCAAAUUUUGCCGAGCCCAUGCGAGAAAGUACACAAUUUGCAGGGGCUGUCACGAAGAACUUGGGUUACCGAACCUCCAAGCGAGUACAGCUUGAGAUGACUAAGGAUGAGCUAGAGAAGAGCAAACAUAUGCUCGACGCCUUAGAGCGCAGUGAGCUGGAAGCUAAGCGCAUUGACGCCUAUCUUUCUCAGAGCACCACCAUGAGUCCACCACGCCGAUCUCCUUCUAAUGCCUCGUCAAAGGCUGCUCCAUCUCACAAUGAGGGCUCUGAAGAAACUGCAUCAGUUGACUCAGAUUUUCCACCAACGCAUAGCGAUGCCCCUUCCUCGCCACCCUCGGCCGGCCAAGGUCAGCCUGAAGGCCCUACAUCGCCAAUGAGUUCGCACCGUAAAACCCAGAGUGGGAACUUCAUCACCAACAAAGUCUUCGGUGGGUUCCGCCACGCCAUGAAUGGAUUUGCCGAUGUAGAUCCCGAACGUAAUAGGCGAGACCAAAUUGGUAAGACGAGGGAGAAGUUAGUACAGCUGGAGCAAGCACUUCAAGUUUCGGAAAAGGACACGAAAGAUGCCUCUCAGGCAGUCAUGCAAGAUCUAAAGCGCUUCCAGGGCGAGAAGGAGGAAGACUUGCAGAGAUACAUGAUUGCCUUUGCGAGAGAUCAGAUCCUAUGGGCGAAGAAGUGUCAGGAAGGAUGGAAGGAAGCCAAGGAGGAAGUCGACAAGAUUGUUGCACGUUGA